AGUAAUCAUAUAUUGUAUUGCUGUUUAUGUUUUUAAACCUUUUGGAGGUUACGGAAAGAGGCGAGUAGUGACGAAUGGUUUCACUUCUCUCUGAGUGAAGCGCCAGCGCAGCAUGCCCAGAGAACCAGGCUGUCCACUUCGCGCGUUGGCAAAACUCUUCUCCAGCGCGUGACAUCGUAAAGUUUGUUCACGGUGUCAUCACGCACGGGCUAUCGCUGUGAGGAGCUGGAAGACGAUCUAGAAGCAACAUCAGCAUCACUGCAACAUGGAGAGUGGAAGCGAUGUAUGGAAGGAUUCUCAACAGGUUUUGCCAAGACAGACACUGGGCACCAACGCACAAAGAAACUCUGCACACAACGAUCACCCAAGGUCCAAGGCUUCCUUGAGUCCAGUUUUGACCAUGUCACUGAGCUAGCAUCUGAUGCAUCGGGGCAGGAUACGAAAGAUGCUGAACUCAUAUCUUGGUCUUCAAGUGAUAGUGAAGAUUUGGAAACCAAUGUGAAAUCUCACGUGCAAGUCAAAUCAUCAAAAAACAGUAAGAAUUGCACACCAGGUAUGACAAAACAAGAUACACCUUCCACAAAAAAGAAAGCAUUUCCUAAAUCAGCUAAACUAGAGUUGAGGAGGAUAUGUCCAGAUUUUGAUGUUCAUGGAUUAUAUGAGUCUACUGGAGGUAUUGACACAAUAUCCAGCAGUUCGGAACAGGAAGAGGAGGGGAUGAAGGACAGGGCUGAGGAGGACAAAAAGCCAUGUGUUCAACUGGCAGAUAUACCCAGACAGGCACUCCUCAACUCUCCAAUGAUCGUGACGUACCAGUCCAGCCAGGCUUCCAGCUCCUACUCACCCACUAAAAACACCUCGGGGCUGAAGGCCAGUGACUGGAUGAAGGCCAUGGACUGGCAGACUCCCGUCAAGGCCAGCAGCAGCCAGGAAGAUGAGCAGCUCCAGCCUGACCCAGACUCAGCCAAAAAGAAGAAGAAAUAUCACAAAGGUGGCCUUGCAGAACAGCUGGCCCGUGUGCAGGCAAGGGAGAGAUCAGCGGUCAGGAUGUGGGAGCAUCGACGCUCUGACCUCACAGAUGCUUCUAAAGCCCUCCUUGUGCGGGUUUUGAGCUUUGAAAUCCUCUUCUCCCUGCAACUUGCUCACUGUGAAGUAGCUGACAUUGAUGAGGAUGGAGGUGAAGGUAACAGCCCAGAUGGUAAUGACAACCGAUGGAAGAAGCAGUUGAUCCUGUUCUCCAAGCAGAUGAUGGAUAAGCUGCAGAUAGACGCUGGGUCAAUGGUCACACUAUACCCUCCAUGGCAACAACUACAGCUGACCAGUCAGAAACAGACAGUGCUACUGUGCACUCAUUACACAAGAGUUGUCUCCCCUGUUACUCAACAAACAUGGGGAGCGAAGUCCUUGGAUUUGGUGAAAACCGAUGUGAUAGCUACAUGGAACUGUCCUUGCACCAAUGAUGCGAAUAUGUCUGUUGCAAAUUGUCCAGUGACACAGUUUCCAUAUCUGCCAUCAUCCCUACAGGGCGCUGAUGUGAGCAGCACACAGAACACAGGUCAUCCUGCCACCCAGUCUGGUCUCCUCCAGACGGUGACGAGCUCACGGCUGCCGGUUGUUCCAGUGUGUGACUCUCUGUUAGAGAGCAUUCAGAGGACGGGGCCUGGCCAUGGCCUCACCUUCCGUGCUGUCAUACAGAGGGUGUUUGUCUCAUCAGCAGCCAGAUAUUCCUUGUUAGUGGAAGAUAGUCAUGGCACAAUGGCUGUCGUAGAGAUGGGAGAUAACUCUGCUCAGGAUGAGGUGACUCUAGCCGAGGGUCACAUGUGUUGUUUCUCUGGGCUGAAAGUUGUCACCAGAUCCAUCAAAGAGAGGAAUGUGGCAUUGUUCAGUGUGCUGGAGGGUGCAUGGUCAGGUCACAGAGCGUCCGUCUCCAGCCAGGAAAGUCAGGAGGAAGAACAAGCAAGCAGCACUAUGAGACACGUGACUUGCCCUGGCUUCUGCUACAUCCUGUCCCCAUCCGAGGACUGCCCUCUGUCUGUCACUGUGACCCCACAGACAGCCCCCAGCUACACAGAACCACACUACCAAACACUGGCUGGAGCACGGCAGAUGGCCUUGGACAAGAGAGUGUCAUUUGUUGCCAGAGUCCUUCACAAGAGACAGUCGGAGGAUACGUCCAGACCAAACGUACAUGAAAACUGGUAUGUGACAGACAGCAGUCUCCCAUCUUCCUACUCAUUGGUCACCUUGUCACAGGACUGUCACAUCCCAGUAUUAGCAGGGCACAUAGCUGUCUUCACCGAUACCUGUGUCUCCAAUGGUAGUUUUCACUGUGAUGCUUACACUCAUAUUAUGGAGGAAGCGCCUGUCCAUAUUGAAAACAGCUCGAUGAGAAAGACACACAGCCAGCUGGACUCACUGACAGUGUCCCUUCCAGAAAUAACUGGCAGUGUUAGGCCAUGGAGCCUUGUUUCUGUACAAGGUACAGUAGGCAGUGUUGAUGAGGAUGCAGCCUACACCUGGGAGGAAUGUGAUGGGUGUGGCAGUGACCGGCUUGUGCAAGACCGUGAGAGACCAGCGGCAUCUAAGUGUGUGAGCUGUCACAAACAAGUUACCUCCCCUGUCAUAAGAAUGAAGUUGGAGGUGUACUUACAUUCCAGCAGUUUCAAAGGAUCUGUCAUCAAAGUAGAUCUGCAACAGACCACCAUAGAAAAGCUUCUUCCAGCAGAGGAACAAACAGAUGAGGGUUGUGAUGUUGACAGUGUAUUGAACAAGGAAGUGGGGCCACUGAACUGUGUCGUCAAGUCCGUCACAACUGAUAUGGACAAAACAGAAUUCUUCUUGCAGGAGAUCUCAUGACAGUCACGUGUUUGAACAAUGAACUGACCCUUUCUACUGUCCUAUUGCGACAACGUGGAUAUUAACAUACAGGACACUUCCUGAAGUGGAUGUAUCCACAGAAGGGCCAAGUCCAUCAGCAUUUAAUAUGUUCAUGAUCUGUUAUCAAUACAAAUCGAAUCAUA